CCAAUGUAUUUACAGUUCGGACCUCUUACCUUGUUCCCGUCCUCAUCUUCCAUCGACAUCGACAUCGCCAUCUCCUCUGUGAGGUGAUUGAUGGAGCAGAGCGGCCCAGUGCAAGCGGGCGAUGCUUCAACUAGCAACGUGCCAUUAGGCCCCACGCUCAUCCUCUCGGGCGGGACGGGCUACAAUGACCUCGUCUCCGCAACACUACCUUCCCCAACAACGUAUGUCCUCCCGAUAAGCGAUAAUGGAGGUUCCUCUUCGGAGAUUAUACGCUGCUUCGGAGGUCCAAGCAUUGGAGAUAUCCGGAGCAGACUUGUCAGACUCAUCCCUUCCGAGGUCACGAGCAAUGGCGAUGCAACUGGGACCGGAGGAAACGAGGCGCUGCGGAAUCUCUUGAGCUAUAGAUUUCCAGUGGACAAUAGCGAAGAUGAGAUACUGGAUGAAUGGAAGGAGGUGAUAGCAGGGACUCACCAUAUCUGGGAAGGGGUAGACGAAGUCAGAGGCAGUAUCGUCCGAGGCUUCAUCACACACUUCCACAAGGCCGUAUUGGCCACCUUUUCCAAGCCUUUCCCAUCAUCGGACCCCCUCUGCUCCUCAGCGGCUGAGCCCUUUGACUUGCACGGUCUCUCCAUCGGAAAUGCCUUCCUCUCCUCCUGCGCCCGCACCUUCGACUCUUUGCAAGCAGCCAUCUGGCUCUUCUGCAACGUUGCCAGGAUUGACACAAAGCAAGUACGAGCGAUACCGUGCGUGGAGACUACCGAGACGUCACACAUUGCAGCCCGACUUGAGAAUGGACAGCUGUUACUAGGUCAAUGCGAGAUCUCUCAUCCGGCCAAGAAGCGCGAAGGAGACGCAACACCUGCAGUGCUGGAGCCGAAGAAGGCCACGAACGGUCUGCUGACAGCUGUAGAGAGCCUUUCUCUAUCGGAUCCGAUCACGAAGAUGCUCAGACCAGUGAUAUCGCGGACGAACAGCAAUCUUGUCUUUAGCAAGGCAGCGGGCAAGAAUGCACUACCGAGCAGAAUUCAAAGCAUACACUAUGCCUUUCCCUCCAUUGACGCGGCCGAGGGCCAACUGAGGCCUCAAGCGCUGAGCGCCAAUCCUGCCUACCUCGCAGCACUACAGAAGACAGAGACGCUCAUCUACUCGUGUGGCUCGCUAUACACAUCGAUCGUACCUCUGCUCGUUCUUCAAGGGGUCGGGGUCGCAAUUGCGCACUCGAAGACGAUACGGCGUAAGGUUCUCCUACUAAAUACACAAUUAGAUCGCGAGACUGGAGGGUAUGAUGCUCUGGACUUCAUCAGGGCUAUCACUCAUGCCUGCUCGAGCUCGAGCCCGACCGACCACGAAGACUGUGCUGAGGUGCAGCCUCGACAACUCAUGUCUCACCUCGUCUACCAUCCCAAGGGGCAGGUCGCAGUGGAUGUAGAACAGGUGGAAGAGCUGGGCAUCAGCUGCGUACGGAUACCGGACCGGCCGGGAAAAGUCGCAUUUACCGAAGAAGAUGUGAGAUACGCGCUGCAUGUCAUCAUGAAGGCGCAGUCAGAGGGCUAGAGGCAAGAAUCUCUCCUUGUACUAUAGAACAGACGUCCUUUGAAAUCGUCAAUCGCAUAUCAUCGCAUU